GUCGUUUCGUUUCUUCUCCCUUUCUCCAUAGCCAGCCACCUUUAACUUUACUGUUUGCUCGCUUGUCAAUCAUUCAUGGAGGCGGCCAUCUACCUUCAAGUUAUCAGAAUCACUGUUAUAGUUUUAUUAGCCUUAUUCUCUCCGAAACCAAACCUAGUUGUCCUCGGAGACAUAGGCACAGCAACAUCUUAUAAUCCCCCAUAUUCACCGACUAGAUGUAACGGGAAUAGGGUGGAUCAGUUCCCGGCGGGGAAUCUAUUCGUGGCGGUGAGCGAGGGGCUGUGGGAUAACGGGGCGGCAUGCGGGCGGCGGUACAGGCUGAGCUGCCUUAGCGGUAACAACCGGCCAUGCAAGGGCGACGCCAUAGACGUCAGGGUGGUGGAUUUUUGCUCAAAAAGGCCAUGCCCUUCCACUAUACUUUUGUCCAAAGAUGCUUUUUCUCAAAUCUCUCAUUCUCCCCAUGCCAAAAUCAACAUCGAAUACAUAGAGAUUUAGCUGCUGAUGAAUUGGAAGAUUAAUGCCGCAGUUCGGAUUCUACGUUAAAGAAUUUGACUAAAGUAGAAUUAUUGUCCUUAGAAUAUGGAGCUAUAUUAUGGUAGCCAAUUUAGUACUAUACUUAAUUAGGUAGAUAGGUUUCGUAUUGUCUUAAUACAAUGAUAAGUUUAUCGCAUUGAAACCAAA